AUGAGCAGCACGACAUUGUACGUCUUGCUUUUCUUGCUUCCUCUGUGGCAUGGCGUAAAUGCCCGAGACCUCUGCCCUCCAGGAUCCGUAAGCUCGAAUGGGGCAGAGCCUUGCAGAGACUGCCCCGCCGGUAGAUACCAACCUUAUGCAGGCAAGAAGUCAUGUUUGUCGUGUCCUAAGGGCACCUACCAAAACUACGGUGGACGAAGCUCCUGCUACACUUGUCCCCAGGGGGAUUAUCAACCAGAAACGGGCAAGACAAGCUGUCGUGAAUGUCCUUCCGGGUCGUUUGGGAGAUGGGAACGCGCAACUAGCGCGGCGACGUGCAAGAAGUGUGCGCCUGGAGCGUACCAACCCUAUGGCGGACGAAGCUCCUGCUAUACGUGCAAUCAAGGAGAUUUCCAACCGAAGGCAGGACAGACAAGCUGCUUUGAAUGUCCGCCCGGAUCGUAUGGAAGGAAGGAAGGCGCGACUAGUCGGGCGACUUGCAAGAAGUGUGUGCCUGGCACGUACCAGCCCUACGGCGGACGAAGCUCCUGCUAUACGUGCAAUCAAGGAGACUAUCAACCAAAGGCUGGAAAGGCAAGCUGCUUUGAAUGUCCGGCCGGAUCGUAUGGAAGAAAGGAAGGCGCGACUAGUCGGGCGACGUGCAAGAAGUGUGCGCCUGGAACGUACCAAAACUAUAGCGGACGAAGCUCCUGCUAUACGUGCAAUCAAGGAGAUUUCCAACCGAAGGCAGGACAGAAAAGCUGCUUUGAAUGUCCGCCCGGAUCGUAUGGAAAGAAGGAAGGUGCGACUAGUAAGGCGACGUGCAAGAAGUGUGCGCCUGGAACGUACCAAAACUAUAGCGGACGAAGCUCCUGCUAUACGUGCAAUCAAGGAGACUAUCAACCAAAGGCUGGAAAGACAACUGCUUUGAAUGUCCGCCCGGAUCGCAUGGAGACAGGGCAGGUGCAGCUAGUAGGACGACAUGCAAAAAGUGCCCGCCCGGCUACCGCCAACCCUACAGUGGAAGGAGCUCUUGCGAUAAGGUGCGCUGAGGAGGAUUGUCAUUCUAGGCCGCCAAAGGCAAGGCAUCUUGAUUCCGUGGUUUUCAUGUCAGGGGCGUCAGAGGUUGGCACAAAUAGCCUGCGCCGCGUAUUUGACGGCGGCUGUAUGGCUUCUCGAUGA